GACAUCCAAGAGAAGAUUAACUUUGAAAUCCGCAUGCGAGAAGGCAUCUGUAAACUACUUGCAGUGAGCACACAAAAAGACCAACUCUUGCAUGCGGUUAAAAACCUGAUGGUUUGCAAUGCUCGUAUACUUGCAUACAGGACAGAGCUACAGAACCAGAAAGCAGAGCUGAUCUCAUGCAGAACCAAAGAACAGUUUUCAGAAAAUGGGAGAAAAGACCGGAUGGCAUGCAGAGCAAAGGUUGCUAUAUCAGAUAUUCGAAUACCAUUAAUGUGGAAAGGCUCUGAUCACUUCAGCAAUAAAGAAAAAUCACAGCGCUAUGCAGUUUUUUGUUUGUUCAGAAUGGGAGCUGAGGUUUUUGAUACAGAGGUGGCUAUUGUGGAUAAAGCAAUAACAGAUCUCUGUUUUGAAAAUGUAACCAUAUUUGAUGAAGCAAGACCAGAUUUCCAGGUGAAGGUUGAAGUGUAUAGUUGCUGUACAGAGGAGUCUUUAUAUGUAACAAAUACACCUAAGAAACUAGCAAAGAAACUUAAAACAUCCCUCAGCAAAGCUACAGGGAAGAAACUCAAAGCUUCACUGGAAGAAGACAGCACUGAAUCCCUUUUGCCUCCUGACCCUGUAAUCCAUGGAGCAAAAUACAGUAUGCUAGCAUAUGCCACUUUGGGGCUGGAGAGUGCUGAGGACAAUUUUAGGACCCACAACCUUACUAUUACAGGAAAUGAGGAAUCCUCUUUUUGGCUACCCCUGUACGGAAACAUGUGUUGCCGUUUAGUGGCUCAGCCUUCCUGCAUGGCUAGCGAUAUGAUGGCAGGUUUUCUUAAUCAACAGCAAAUGAUAGGAAGUCUAACUAGCUGGAGGAGGCUGUAUUGUGUACUAAGAGGUGGAAAACUCUUUUGUUAUAACUCUCCAGAAGAAAUUGAGGCUAAAUUGGAUCCAGCAUUGACAGUUCCCAUCAACAAGGAAACCAGAAUUCGAGCUGUGGAUAAGGACUCCAAGAGAAGGACCAAUAAUUUCUCUGUUAUCAACCCUGUGUCUGGAGAGGCUGUGACGCAACUUUUUGCUCCUGACAGCAGGGAUGAACUUCAUAAGUGGAUGGAGGCUUUCUGGCAGCAUUUUUAUGACCUAAGCCAGUGGAAACAUUGUUGUGAAGAACUUAUGAAAAUCGAGAUUAUGUCACCACGGAAACCACCUUUGUUCUUGACAAAAGAAGCGACCUCCGUCUACCAUGAUAUGAGCAUUGAUUCUCCAGUGAAACAUGAGGGCUUAGCUGAUAUCAUACAAAGAAAAAUUAAAGAGAGUGAUGGUGAGUUCCUGCUUGGCCAGCAGAAAGAGUCUGCAUCUUCCCUAUGGGCUUCACUCUUCGAUGGAUCUCAUGAGAUGGUGGUUCAGAAAAAUAUGCAUCUGAGCCCAAAAAGAGAUACUACAAGUCCUAAUGAUAGCAGAGGAAAGAAAAGAAGAGCUCCACCUCCACCCUCCGAUAAGCCACCCUUCAGUGCAAAAGCACAGGUGAACAUAGACCAAGUGGGCAAGGAAAGCUGGGAGAAGUCUGACCACACAUCUGCUAGUAGUUCUUCCUUUGAUCCAAAGUUAUCUGCAAAACUGCAGCAGUUGCAGACACCCACUGCUGCUCCUCGCAAAAUUGGUCCUUGUAGAAAAAGCGGUUUAGCUGGCCAUGGGAAUCCCAUUUCAUCGGUUAACAAGACUGAGUCUGAAACCAAACCGGUACCAACCCCUAGACAAAAAUGCAUCAGAGAAAUGCUAGACCCUAGAUCCUGGUUGCAGCCAUAGACAUCAUAAUUAGUUUAGAAAAGUGCCUGGAAUUUUAAGUUUCUCAGCCUUCUUCUGUAUCUCUUGAGUGAAAAUAGGUUUUGGCAUAUAGCUUGUAAGUACUGAGACUGAAAU